AUUGGUGUACUUUAUUGGUAUUUAACUCGUAAUUUUAACUAUUGGUCCAAACGGGGCGUCAAAGGGCCUAAACCAUGGCCUAUAGUGGGCAACAUUUUGCAACUCUUUACAACUCCACAACCCCUACAAGAGCUCAAUUGGGCCAAACGUUAUGGUAAAAUAUACGGCAUAUACUUAAAAGAGGAACCGAUGCUGACAGUAGCGGACCCGGAGCUAAUCAAAACAAUCCUGGUUAAGGACUUUCACCUGUUCCCCGAGAGGGCCAACAUUAGCCAAAGUCACGACAAGAUUAUGAGCCGAAAUCUGGUCCAACUAACCGGCGAUGACUGGAAACGGGUUCGAUCUAUUGUGAGCCCGACGUUCACUUCGGGUAAAAUGAAACGCAUGUACCCCAGGAUUCAGGAGUGUUUGUCACAGUUGAUCACCGUAUUGGACACAAUGGCCACCGAUGGCCAGUCAAUGAAUGCUAAAGACCUGUUUGGCCGCUACACUAUGGAUGUGAUCGCCACGUGUGCCUUCGCCACCAAGACAUGUGCCGACUAUACCCGAGACAACCCGUUUGUAUUGAUGGCCAAAUCGGCGUUUACUGUACGGCCACUCAAGACGGCCCUAACCCUGUCGUGUCCGGUGUUUUUGUUGAAACUGAUGGCUAAACUAAGACCGGCCCCGUCUUCGGGCGCCGGCUUUUUCUUUAUGGACAGCACCAGAAGAUUGAUUCACGAGAGGCAGAAAAGUGGCCACAAAUCCAAUGACUUUCUGCAACUCCUGUGCGAAAGCGAGAAAGACUCGGAGGAAGACAUUAAGGAUGAGUUGGAUGUCAACGAAUCUCACCACAUAAAUGAAGGCUCCGAAGAGUUGGCUGUGGAGAGAAAGACACUCUCCAUAAAUGUGGUGAACAAAAGGCUGACCGAAGAUGAGAUACUGGCGCAGGCGUUGGUGUUCUUCUUAGCCGGCUUUGAGACAACGGCCACAACCUUAACGUUCUUAACGUACGAACUGGCGAUCAAUCCUCACAUCCAGGACUCGCUUUACGCCGAGAUCUGCGCCGCUGUCGACGCGAACGGUGACAUCAGUUACGAAGAGUUGGCGAGACUUCCGUACUUAGACUCAGUCCUAUCGGAGACACUUCGACUACACCCGCCAUCCCUACGGCUGCAUCGCGUGGCCGCCGCUGACUAUAAGUUGGGCGACACGGGUCUCACUCUAUACAAGGGACAGACCGUACAGAUCGGUGUCUACGCCGUCCACACACGUGAAGAGUACUACCCGGAUCCGUUUCGGUUCGAUCCUGAUCGUUUUAUGCCCGAAAAUCGUCACAAAUUAGUGCCCUAUACGUACGUGCCGUUUGGCGCCGGCCCUCGCAAUUGCAUUGGUAUGCGUUUUGCGCUCCUGGAGGCCAAGAUAGCUGUGGCUCAUGUUAUGCGCCGAUUCCGGUUCACACGUGUGCCCCAAACGGCUGUUCCCCUCGGCUUUAAACGCGGGUUUCGUAUAUCAGUUCCCGACGAUGUGGUGGUCGGCGUUGAAAGGCGUGAC